AUGGGCGCCCAGGAUGAGUGGGACGCGCGUCUCGCGCAGGUCCGGAUCUCGAAAGAGGAUCUGGACCGUCUCGUGAUGGACUAUUUUGUUGUCGAAGGACACAAGGAUGCGGCCGAGGCCUUUAGUGCCGAGUCGGGCAUUGUGCCGGACAUGGACCUGCCCAGCAUGGAAGUGCGCAUCGCGACGCGCGACGCGCUCCUCCAAGGCGACGUCGUGGCGGCGAUGGAGAUUACCAACGAGCUCAAUCCCGAGAUCCUCGAUACGAGCCCCCUGCUCUUCUUUCACAUGCAGCAGCUGCGCAUGAUCGAGCUGCUGCGGAGUGAAGAGCUGGACGAGGCGCUUCUUUUUGCUUCCGAGCACCUCGCUCCGCUCGGCGAGGAACAUCCCCACCUCUUGAGCGAGCUCGAGCAGACCAUGUCGCUCUUUGUAUUUGAUAUGCGGUCACCGACGCCCGCCAUGCCGGCGUACGCCGCCGAGCUGUACGACACCGAGUACCGCAAGCGCGUCGCCGAAGAACUCAACGCAGCGAUCCUCGCCUCGCAGAGCUACAGCCCGACGGCGCGCCUCGCGCGCCUCGCGCACCUCUUCUCCUACGGCCAGCAGCUCCUGGGGCCGGACGGGCCGGGAAAGACGGACUUUCCGCGCCUCGACCUCGCAGGGCUCUUGUCGCGCUCCUUGCCAAACAGCCGCGAAGAGGCGAUGACCACCGAAGAAUAA